AUGUACGACGCUCCCAACCGUCCCGAUGAACCCGAGGUCGUGCGUGACCAGGACGACAACUCCCAUCUUAUCCCUGACAUCCCCGCCGCGCAUCCAGACAACGACGUCGAAGAACUUGAUGCUGUCCACCUUGACAAGGCUACACAGGCCAGUCGCUUUUCAGACCCGGCGAAUUGGCGCGUCGGCGAGAGGGAUUUUCAAUCUGAGGACAGGGCCUCUUCAACCAGGCCCUCCCGGAAGCGCAUUACCUCGUCUCAACCGACACAGCGGAGAGCCAGUCUAAGUCAAGAUAGGCCUCGAAUGGAUAUCCGUUCUCAAACUGAUUACAUUAUUGAGCCACGCCAUCGAGACCGUGACCCAGAUGACGAUCACAGUCUUGAUCCUGAUCAUUCUGACGAGAUUCAGCCGCCUUCAGACACCGACUUCUCUCGCACCACUUUCCAAGACGAUCCGUUCUUCAGUUCCAUCGCGAGUGAUAGUGAACAAGAAAACAAGUCCCGCAUCAACUACAAAUCCAAGGGCCCUUCUUCUCGUCAAAAGAAGAAGCGACGAGAAUCAUCCCAAGAAGGAACCUCUCCUAUUCAUGAGAGUCCUUACUCGCAUCUGCCUUCCCGUCAGGUUUCGUCAGCCACGGCGAACGCCGAGUCUCUUAGUUAUAAUGCGUACACAGAUGUGUUACAGUCUCAAGCGAGGGGGGAUGGCGGCGGGCUACGCACGAUUGUAGAUUUGCUUAGAGAUAGUGAGGGCAACCCUAUCGUGAUCGAGAAAGCUGCAUUGGUCAUAGGUCUUCUCUCCGAGAAGGAUGCGGCUACCAGAGACGCGUUUGGUCAGUUUGCUGCUGUGCAGACACUCAUCCAGUGCUUGUCAAUGAGAAUCACGGCCAGAUUUGAUCGGUCCCUCAUCGUCAAGAACGUGACGUUCGCACUCACUUGCUUGCUCCGAGAUUCACCUCGCAAUUUGCGUCUUUUUGAAAUGUUUGACGGUCCGUACAAGAUGGGAAAAGCAGCGGCGUCGGACAGAUACGAGAACAAACCUGAUAUUCCAAAGUAUGCUCUGCGUGCGCUAUCUGAACUCAAGUACUACCCUCAAUCAGCAGAGUCGGUGAACAGCAUACGAACAGAUCGACUGACCAGGUCGUCGACGGUGAGUCGAACAGUGUUGUAUGUGCUUCGGGCAAUGUCGCUGCAUGAGUACCGGACUGAAAUACAAGAAUGCGGGCUCGAUGCACUGAGAACGUUGAUCUCUCGAUCUGGCAGUGGAUCAAUAGACAGUGAGAUAGUGCGAAAGAGUACGCAAUCGAUUGGAACGGCGUUCAAGAUGCACAAGGAAUCUGCCGAAGUGCGGUGGCAAAGUUUGACUUUGCUGUGCGACCUCGAAGGACGUCGUGAAGAUUUCUUUUCCGUAGAUCUAGACGUGGAGUGCUUCUUCGGUGCACUUCGGGCAGUGGUGUCGGACGCCGCAAGAGAAAAUGAGAAGUUAACAUCGGAUACAGCAAACACGUCACUGGUGGGAUUGUUGAAGCGAGCUAUUACGGUUGCGGUAAACGUGGGGUGGCGGCGGAAGGAGUUUACAGAACGAGCUGUGGAUGCGGGAGCUAUUGAGACUGUGUUGGAGGCGCUCGACUUUUUCGGAAAGGACCAAGAGAUAGUGGAUAAGAUCUACUCGAUUCUGCGGGUGCUUCUGCAGAGCGAUGAGGGGAAAUUCAGAAUGAAUAGUGUGCGAUCUGCGUGCGCAAUACUUGCAGGUAUCGAAACAGGAAACCAGAAAGCAGCGGUUGUACUUUCGAGCGUUUCAUCGUGAAGUGAAGUGUGGAAUAGAUGGAAACGUCAAUAGGAUUCGGGUGGUAUGGGUGCGUAGAAACACACUGCUACAGUACAGUAGGCAAGGAUCACUGCCGCACUGCAUAAAAAAUAUCUCGCUGUGGUCCCCCAUAAUUUUGUCUCACUUUUUGACACUGACGUGGAUUCUCAGCGCUGUUCCCUGCGCGCAACAACUUUAUACAGCAACAUUACACAAAAUUUACAUCUUUACAGCUUUGUACUAAAACCCAACUAAAGUUAUACUGUACAGUACUUGCACUACUGUACUGACUAUUUCGAAA